GCGCGUGGUUUGAAUCUCAAGCAUAUUUGUUGUGCUCGCCGAAUAACCGUUUUUGAUAUUUGUUAACAAUGAACGAAAAAAAAAAAUUAGAAGAACUUGUAAAUAAAAUUUACUAUUCAGAUAAAUAUUACGAUGAUACAUACGAGUAUAGACAUGUUGUUUUACCUAAAGAACUUCUUAAGCUCAUACCAAGAACUCACCUAAUGUCGGAAAAUGAAUGGCGGAGUAUUGGAGUUCAACAAAGUAAAGGAUGGGUUCAUUAUAUGACACACUCACCAGAACCUCAAAUUUUAUUAUUCAAAAGGCCAAUUACAUCAGAUCCAAAUGGACAAUAAACGAAUUGGGGGAUUGUUUGAUUAAUCAUUUUGUAAAUAUGUUUAAGUAGGUAUAUAAUAUAGUGUUGUACAUAA